AUGAGCGUCAAGAGGGAGUGGGCUAUACUCGAAGAUGCCACCAACAAGUUCACGGUUGCCAAGAGGCUCAAGACGGCUGUUGAAGAGGACAGAGACGAGCUGAAGGCAACAGUCACCAGGCUGUGCGACGAGAUCCACGAAGCCAAGGCCAAGAUGGCAGAGGUCAAGAAGCUCUUCAGCAAGCACGUGGAGGACCUUCAGGACAAGGUAAUCACCCUCAGCGCCGACCUUGAUGCCCUGUCGGAAGGGAACCGCUCAUUCCUCGACGCGCUUGGGGAGGCCGCCGCCGAGGUCUCAGAACAGGACGAGCAGGCGUUGGACCCCAACGAAAGAAGGAAAGAGCUUUAUCUUGAUCCUCCUUCUGCUCAGUAA